AUGCAGAAUCUCGAUCUGACAGCUUCGAAAUGGGCGAGUCCCGAUGUGCGUCGCGAACGAGAAUCGCAGGUGCCGACCUGGACACGAAGAGCGCCCUCGCCACAGACACACAACAACGGCUCCUUCAAUUCGUUGCAGCAGCCGCAACACCAAAAUCAACCAUUGUCGCCGAAACCGCUCAGCUCUGCGCAACGAAGAUACUUGUCCCGCCAGGCUGAACUGCAGCGAUUCCGCAGGCUGUUUCGGCGGCUGGCCUGGAAAGCAAAUAGUUUGACGCACUGGUCUCAUCGUGCGCUGAAUCUAGCUCAAGAACACCAGAACCAACGGCAUCACAAUAGCAAUGGCCCCUCUAAUGAGCUGCUCGACCAACAAUGGGCCGCCGGUCCACGGGCUACACUCGGACCGUACGACUUGAUCAUUGACCCGGUCGACGCGGAACGACAAUUCAAGAUCGACUUUUACGAGUUCUAUGCCUUACUCGAGCGCGGACUCGUCUGCCUCCUGGGUGUUUGGGGGAUUGUAAUUACAGCCUCCGCCGCAGCCGCGGGUCCAAUGGCGGAGGGCGACGACACGGGCACUGCGUCUUCUUCCUCGAAAACACAAGGCAAUGGCGGUGGGAUAGUAUCAGGAUCAGGAUCAGGAUCGUCACAGCCCCCCGCCAUCAUCGGCGACUCGCUGUACUUCCAAGGCGCCGCGCACCGCUUCCACGCCAACGUCCUCGCCGCCCUCGACCACCCUUCAAACCCUCUGCACUCGAUCCUCGGCACAGGGCCCGUGAGAGAGUACAUCGGCGUAGCCAAGGAGUUCCGCAACAAAUGGAAAGAUGUCGAGUCGCGGCCUGAGGAUUCCUUCCGCGGUCCGGAGAGGGUAGAAGAGGAGUGGGAUCCGGCCAAGACGAGGCGCUACGAGAAAGUGCUCCACGAUCUCAAGUUGGAGGAGUUGCUGGGGAGUGUGCUCCGGGCGCUGGAAGAGGCUGGUCGGAAGGCGGAAGCAGAGAUCGAGAGACUCGGAGGUUCGCUGUUGGGAGGGGGAGCGGCCAGCAAGAGUAAUAUUGUCGGUGGUCCUCCCGAUGUGGUGGAUUUUGAUAUGCAAGAUGCCCCGUUUGAAGUCAUGGACAGACAAGGAGGCGAGUUGGAUUAUGAGAUGGAGUUCUGA